UGAAAAAGUUUUCAUACAAGCAAAAUGCGAAGGUAUUUCACUAACAAAUUUCAUGAAAUCUUCGAAAAUGGAGAAUUUAUCGACGAAGAAGAGACAGAAAUUCUACAAAAUAGUUUUAUAUGCAUGAGACUGAUGCACAUGAGUCCAAAACCUGGCAAGAAGCUUACAGCCUUCGAUCUUUUAAUCUUUAUGUUGAUAACAUCACCGAUAUCACUUAGCUGUGGAGUAGCUGAGUGUGUAGUACAAUACUUAUAUCGAGAUUAUCUAAUUUUGGAUGACUUGUUACAAUGUUUAUCGAUUAUAUGCAGUGGUAUGAAUAUGUAUAUCACUCUUUGAUGGUUCAUCUACAAAAAUCAAGACAUUGCUAAUCUGGCUCAUAAAAUUGGAACAUUUCGACAAUUUCGUAAACCAGUGUGUUUCGAUCGUGCCAACCGCAUUGCAAACUUUGUGACUUUAUUUUUGGUCUCUUAUACAAUUGGUGGAAUAUCACUUUACAUAUUUAUAAGUUACUGGCAACGCAGUAGAUGUUUGAAGGAAAAUGACGAAAUGAAGAUUGAACGUUUGUGUGGACUGAUUGUACCUGCCCCUUUACCAAUGUACUUCAACGAGGGACCUUAUUUCUAUAUACUUUUCGCGGCGCAAGCUUGUAAUGUCACAGUGGUAUGUAUUGCCGCCGCAGUGGUAUUAACAUUCACCUGUGGGUUGGUGGUUGUUAUCAAUUCACGAAUUCGAAUGUUCAAAGAAGAUAUGCGUGCAGCAUUUAGUAGAGCUAGUGUUAAUAACCAAAAUCAAAAACAGCGCCUAAAGGAUUGUGUGCGUUAUCAUGUGUAUUUGAUUAAAUUAGCGCAUCAGUUGAAUGAUUGCAUGUCUAUAGCUUGUUUUGUGUUAUCAUCGUUUACAAGCGCUGUUAUCGGGUUGAUUGCUUUCCAAUUUCUAAUGCAACCUGAAUUGAAGACAAUAUUGCAUGGCCUUGGUUGGUUAUUAGUAUUGGCGAUACUUUCAUAUGGUGGACAGAUAUUAAUCAAUGAAACUGUGGAUAUACCAAUGCAAAUUUAUAAUAAUGAUUGGUUUGACUACGAUGUCGAAACACAAAAGUUUGUAUUGAUGAUUAUUGGCAGAGGAAAUUAUUACUUCUACAUUGAUACCAUUUUCUUUGGUCCUUUGGCCUUGACCACUUUUGGGCAUGUAAUUCAGAACGCUUACUCAUUGAUUGCCCUGCUAUAUCAGGACUCUAACACACAUAUCUCAAGAAUUUCACAAUCGGGAAGUAUGUGGAAUAACUUGAAAGCUGAGUUUCACAACCUACUAGAAGAUGGUGAUUUCGUCGACGAGGCAGAAACUGAAAUUCUUCAAACCAGCUUCACUUACAUGCGAUUUUUACGCAUGAGUCCAGCACCCGGCAAGAAGCUUAGACUAAUCGACCUCAUUUUCUUUGCGUUGAUAGCAUGCCCAUUCUGUAUUAUGUGUGGCACCUCAUACCUAUUGAUUCAAUACUUAUAUUAUAAUUAUAUAACUCUUGACGAUCUACUGCAAUGCACCUCAGUGGUCUGCAGCGGUUUAAACAUGUAUCUCACUCUUGGAUGGUUCAUCUACAAAAACCAAGACAUUGCCAACCUGGCACAUAACAUCGGUUCAUUCCAUCUGUUUCGUAAACCAGCUUCGUUUGACCGUGCCAACCGCCUUGCAAACUUUUUAACUUCAGCAAUGUCUAUCUAUACAGGACUUGCAGUGAUUUUCUUCACAAUUGUCAGUUAUUGGCAACGCACUGCUUGCCUAAAAGAAAAUGCUGAAAUGAAGAUAGAGCGCUUGUGUGGACUCAUUGUACCAGCACCAUUUCCCAUGUAUUUUAACGAAGGAAUCUAUUUCUACAUAAUUUUUGGGAUGCAAACAUUCAAUAUCAGCGUGGUAUGUCUAGCUGCCUGUAUAGUAUUGACCUUCACUUGUGGUUUGGUCAUUGUUAUCAACUCAAGAAUUCAAUUGUGUAAGGAAGAUAUGCGGGCUGCAUUCGGAAGCACUAAUGAAUACGAUCGCAAGCGACGACUUAAAGAAUGUGUGCGAUAUCACGUGUACAUGGUCAAUUUGGCUCGCAAUCUCAACGAUUGUAUGUCCACAGCAUGUUUUAUUCAGUCUUCGUUUAUGAGUGCGGUGAUUGCCAUGAUUGCUUUUCAAUUCUUGAUGAAACCAGAGUUGAAGACUUUAGCACAUGGUCUUGGUUGGAUUCUGGUGUUGGCGAUACUUUCUUAUGGUGGGCAGAUGUUAAUUGAUAACACCAUUGAUAUUCCAAUGCAUAUCUACAAAACAGAUUGGUUUGAUUAUGAUGUAGAAACACAAAAGAUUGUGUCAAUGAUUAUCCUAAGAGGAAACUAUUACCUAUAUAUAGAUACUAUAUUCUUUGGUCCUUUGGCUUUGACCACGUUUGGUCAGGUGAUAGAGAAUGCUUAUUCACUCAUUGCUAUUCUGUAUCAGAAAUCUUAAGAUUCUUGCACGUUGUAUAGCAUCAAUUUUAUUGAAAUUAACUGUCUAUUGUAUCUAUCUACAUAAAUUAAUUUACAAUUACAAUCGUCUUAUAAUUUACUAUCUUAGGAAUUGCAUUAAACAUCUAGCAAUUCUGAAUAUAUACAAAUUCAAUUUCGUACUCCUUUCCAGUAAUGUGAUGAAAGUAACUAAUCAUAUAUGAUUAAUUAAUUUAAGUAUUAAUACCACAGUCGUUUUGAACCAGGCCAUCGGGACGUUUGCACUUAAUAACUUACGUUUUAUAUUAGUAACUAACAUAAUUAAAUCCAAAGUUUCUCUCUCUUGUUUUACUGUAGGUUUAAGGCAAUUUAAACUUCAUCGAUGGUUUGAGCCCAAGGAUGUUUAAUUUUUCCAUACUGAAUUCCUGAAAGUGUGUCGCUAAUACGUCGGAAAAGU